AUGCACAUUACUUAAGUCAACAAAAAUCUUCUGCCUUAGUUUUUAUAAACUCAGCAUGAUGAAGAGCAUAGAUAUUAAUCGCCUAGAAGAGUUACUUUGAGUUAAACACCACCAACUUCCUUAACACCUAAAAGAAGCAUACAAAUAUUAGGAGCUAACCCAAUUUCUUUUGGUUCAACUACUUCUAAGUCAAUUAAAUCCACAAUAAUAAAUGGAAGUCCAUAUUCAAAUUAGCUAGAUAAUACAUUAACGAAAAGUGUGUAGAUUUUGAAACCUAUCUCUAAUCCUAUUCCUAUAGUAAGAGAAACUAUAGUGAUGAAUCAAGCACAUGAUGAGUAGAACUAAAAAUUAAUAAGCAAUUUACUCAGUGAAUUGGACUUAUAUAAAAAUAAAUGCACUCAUAUGGAACAUCAUUUAUACACAAUUACAACAGAAUUAUAAAACUUAAAAUAAACUCAAUCUUAGAUAGACUAGCUCCUUUUGGAUAAUGACAGAGUUAACGAUGCUUUAGAAGAAAAAAUAAAAGAAGUUAAUUUAUGGAAACAAAAGUAUGAAAUAGAAAUAACUAACAAUUAGAAAUCAGAUUUUAUUUUUACAGAUGAUAGGCUUUAAUAGCUGCUGAAAUAAAAAGAAGAUGAAAUAGCUUCACUUGGUCACUAAAUUAUAAAUUUUGAGCAAGAAAUAUAAUAACUUUACACAACAAUAUAGACAAAAGAUGAAAUUAUCAACACUCUUUCUUAAAAUCUAAGCGAUACUAAAAGAAUAGAAGAUGAAGUAGUUAAAAAAAGUAAAAUCAUUUGGAAAAAAAAAGAGAAUGAAUUUGUUGAUGAAAUAAACGAGUAGCAAAUAUAGCUUAAUAAUGCUGCUGAGGAAAGAGAGAAAUGGAGAUUUAAAUAUCUUGAAGCAGAGAAGCAAAGAGGAGAGCUUAGAGUGUAGUAUGAAACGCUAAAAUAAGAAGCAAUAUCUGUCAAAUAAGAAAAUGAGAGAUAUAAUUAAGCUCUUAAAUAAAAAUAAUAAGACUUUGAAAAGUUGUAAAGUGCUUCUUUUGCAAUACAAUAAUAGCUUGAUGAAAAAAAUAAUUAAAUAAAAGAGUACUAAUAUAAAUAUGAGAAUGUUGAAUAGAAAGCUAAAGAUAGCGAAGAAUUGAGGACAAAGACUUACUAGUAAUAAAACUAAAUAGAAUAGCUUAAAAAAAGCAUUUUUAUAGCUGAAGAGUAGCUCAAAGAUUCUUCUAUGGUUUAAUCUGAAAAUGCUAAACUUUCACAAAAAUUAAGCUAACUUGAGAGAUAAAGCUAGGAAUAAAAUAAUGAGCUUUUAUUGUUAAAUGAAAAAAUCGAAUUCUAUAAAGUUGUAGAACAAGAAAAAGAUGUUCUUACUCAAAGAAUAAAUAAUUUAUAAAGUCAGUUUGAAAAAUAAAGAGAAUAGAUCUAGUCUUUAGAAAGUGAAAACUAGCUACUCUAAGAAGAAAAUAGAUCUAUUUCUGAUCAACUAAGAAGCUCAAAUGAAGAAAAUACAAAACUAAAAGAAAUAGAAAAUACCAAUAUUUCUUAAAUCGAAGAUCUACAAAAUAAAAUUCUUAACCUUUAACUUGAAAUGGAAGUAGAUAAAAGUGAAAAAAAGAACUUAAAAAAUUAAAUUAUUCAUCUAAAUGAAAGGAUGUCAUAGAAAGAUAAGAUUAUUGAAGAAAUGAAUAAACUUAAUGAAAAAAUUGAUUAAGAAAUAUAAAGAAAUGAGAGAUUAGUUCAAGAGAUAGUUAGUUAAAAUAAAUUGCUUGACUAAAAGAGUGUAGAGUACGAAUAGCUGAAGAUGAAAAAUCAAAAUUUCAAAGAAUAAUUAUUGUUUAAAAAUGAAUAGGUUUAGUAAUUAAAGAGCGAUUAAUUGAUUUACUAAAAAGAAAUAGAGAGACUAACUAAUUCUCUUUCUAUGAAAAACAACUAAAUUGAGAUUCUUAGUUUAUAAAUGUAAGAAUUAUAGUUAAAAUCAUAAGAGCUGCAAAGUGAUUAAUAUGACAGAAAUGAUUAGAUAGUCCUUUUUACUAAGGAAAUUGAUAGAUUGAAUGGAUCUUUACAAAAAAGGAUGAAAGAAAUAGAGCUUCUUAGAUAAAAACAAAUAUUCAGCAAAGGUUUAGAUAGUAUUGAUUUUAAAAUAAACUCCCCAAACGUUUACAACAGCUACGCCUAUGAUGAUGGAUCUGAUUCUCCUUGUGAUAGGAAAAUCAGUGAAGUUUAGUUCUAGGAAAUUCACAGUGAAACUCUGAUGACAAAUUUAAAAUCUCAAAAUGAAAUUCUCCAGAAGCAACUAGCGAUAUUUGAAAAAGAAAUCUAAAAGAAAGAUUGCUUGAUAGAUUAAAAAUAAAAAGAGUAUGAAUUAAUAAAGUAAAAAAUGUUAGAAAUUAAUGAGAGAAUAGAAAACAUGUACUCCUAAGAAGAUUAAAAUAAAGCUUUAGAAAUCCAAAUAUACUAACUUAGAAAAGAAAAGUAGUAACUACUCAAUGAAUUAGAAAACAUCAAAUAUUAGCUUUCUGAAUAUUCACAUUUAGGAUAUAAAGUCUAAGAUUUAUAGUAUUAAUUAGUAAUAUCAAGAAUCCUUUUAGAAUCUUAGUCUAAUCAAUUAAAAUAUUGUAGCAAAUGA